AUCUUUCUUGUUGUCAAAUUUCGGUUCCUACGUGGUUCUCCCAUACCAGCCUUGGUGAAAUGUAUAUGCGUGAGUUUUUAAAGGCGGACCUUUAACCUUCCACGCAUAGAACCCAACGUAUCGCAUUGCUAGUAACACGCUAGUACACCCACCUGCCAACGAUUCCCUGCAUGGAUUAGAUCGAACAAGGUUGGCCUGCGCAUAGUUUGUCUGCUGGAUAAAAGUGAAAGUUUGUUUGAAAGUUGCCGGACCGAUAGAAAGCGCCGCAUCGUCGCGACGUGUUCACGGAGCAACGUUACAAUGAAGCAGAGCGUGCUGAUAAUCUUGGGCAUAUUGAUGCAGCUUGCAUCGUUGACUAUUUGCCAACGUGUAGCACCUGGUGUCAAUCCAAACCAUUAUCAGCAGCAACAGUAUCAGCCACCCCCUCCACAGUAUCAACAAGCUCCUCAACAGCAGCAGCCGCAGUAUCAUCAACAGCCACCGCAGCAACAGCAGCCUCAAUACCAGCAGCAGCAGCAACAACAACAACAAUUCCAGCAACAGCAGCAGCAGCAGCAGCCACACCAGCAGCAACAGCAGCAACACCAUGGUGAACAUGGCCAGCAGCAAGUGCUUCAUACCGGAAACUUACAGCAAGAGAAACAGCACAUUGCCGAACAUAUGGAAGUGCCGAUUGAUACGAGCAAAAUGAGCGAACAAGAACUGCAGUUCCAUUACUUCAAAAUGCACGAUUCGGACAACAACAACAAGCUGGAUGGCUGCGAGCUUAUAAAAUCGCUCAUUCAUUGGCACGAACAAGGCAAGGCACAAGAAAACAGUGGCCACCCGCAGCACGAGGAGAAAAUAUUCUCCAACGACGAACUGUCUGCGUUGAUAGAUCCGAUCCUUAGCUCGGACGAUCACAAUCAGGAUGGUUUCAUCGACUAUCCGGAAUUUGUGCGCGCACAGCACAAAGCAGCCCAGCAACAGCAGCAAGACCAGCCGCAGCAGCAGCAGCAGCCACACCAUUAGUAUUUCCGUUUCCGUUCAUCACAGUUGACAGAACUGGUUUCGUUAUAGCGGAGAGAGACUGAUAAGAUAAUAAUUGAGCUUGAAAAGCGUAGGUCCUCGUACACUGAUACUGAGCGACUUCCUGGAUUUAACGGAGGAGCAGAAUUUCUACACCUAAACCUGAAGAGUUGAAUCUUACAUUGACACAUUCCGGAGCAGAAUAAUAUACGAACCUUUUAGGUUUAUCGAAUAGCGCAAAUCCAGUAUUAGUUUCCGUCGUCUUAUUCCAUGGAGAAGCAAACAAAUGAUUUGUAUACUGUUACAGUUUCGUCCAAAUUUGUCUGAUUUGUGAUUUUUCGUUACAUACUAAGUACAUCUCAAAAACAAUAGUCGCUAUCUUGUGUCACGUUGCAUUUGUUUCAAUGUAAAAAGCGUGAUUUCCAUAUAAUUUAACUCGUUGUCAAAGCGCGAAAGCUACCAGGGUGUCAGGAAAUUGAUUUGAAUGAGAGCAGCCAUUCGGAAACAACAGCAGAGACGACCGCCGCACGCACAAGUAUAUUGACUUUUAUUUGUGGUUUUUUUUAAUGAAUGUAAGUGAUUGUGCGCUUGAACGUGUGUGUUGUGAAUAUGUAUGUGUUUGUUUCGUUUAAGUUUUGUUUGUCGCAAAGGGCAGCAGGGAAGCAAUGAAUUGGGAAGAAUUACAUUUUGUUGCGAACAACUACAACAAACAAA